AUGCCCAUCAUCCAGGAUAUGGAUGUUGACAUCGAUAUGGAGGAUGGUCUGACGCUAACGAUGUGCUUGGAGGCAGGCAUGCUCAACCAUAUCGACAAGGUGGAAGCCAUCAGCACGUCGGUCCAGAAGCAGCAUGAGUUGAAGGUGGCACUCCAAACCAUGAAGAACGAAUGGAAGUCGGUGGCGUUUGGAACCCUGCCCUACAAGAACACAGGCGCAUUCCUUCUCAAAGGAAAACUUCAAGUCCUGUGGGUGGUACUUCUGUCUUGCGCAGGAGCUGAUGAUGUGCAGGCUCUCCUGGACUACCUUGUUGCCAGGUUCCUGGGUCUACAGCUAGCCAACCCUUCGGGCGCAUUCGCAGAACUGGAGGUGCUUUUGCCUCUCGUGUGGCAGGGAGCCUUCGCAGUGGUGAUUGCCGGCGAGUACCAGGGAGCCAGGGUGGCCAUGAAGCUCGCAAAGGUCCCAGGCACCGGUGCCCUGUGCCAGGAGCUUCUGAGUUUCGGGUCUUACGCACUUGUAAUUUCAGCGCCGAAGGAGAAAGCGAUGGUGGGCCUUGCACACCCCAACUUGUGCAAGAUCCUGGCAGAGAUCCCCAAUGACGACGGCCUCAUCAUGGACGUUGUGUUGUUUCUGGCGGCACGGCACGCGUUGACUGUGUUUAUGGAUGUGCUGGGCCACGCUGUGAACCAGGAGUCAGGUAACCUGGAGGCGGCGAUUCUGCAUGCUCGUGGCAAUGAGUAUGCAGUCCCCGACCUCGGGCACCGCUGGCUGGCACAGGUCUGGGAUGGCUUGCAGUUCCUGCAUGCCAUUCCCUACUUACACCGUGACCUGAAGCCUGCCAACAUCCUGCUGAGUGAGGUGGCCAAGAUUGCCGACUUCGGCUGCGCAUUUUUUGGGGCGAGGGCCGAGGGGGGCGGCCGUCCCAUCGGCAGCCCUGGCUUCGACCCAGCCUCAGCAUCUCAGCAUCACGUGAAUCUUGUCCUGAAAGUCCAGACAGCAUUGCAGAAGGCCUGCCCGGAAGUCCUCCGUGGGGAGGCUCACGGCCCCGAAGCUGAUCUCUUCAGCUUUGGGGCCGUGAUGUGGACGCUGCUGAGCGGGGGGAAUGAUGGUGAGGAGCGGCCACAACCCGUCAUCUACGAUUGGAUGGCGCCCCCGAUCUUCAGCAACGCCAGACGCUGCCUGGAAGUUGCCGAAGAGGCAGUGGUCCAAGGCCUCACGCAUUCUGUGCCCGGCCAUCGGGCGGGUCACGAGCUUACGAAGCGCGCAUGCGUUUUCGAGAAUAUCGUGGACCAAUCUCGCAGAAAUCUGCAGCAGACAGUGACGCCUUCUGUUCUUGUGUGGAGCUUUGCCACCUCGUGGUCACAUCCGCUCACCGGUGCUGGAUGUCAGUGUCUGCAGGGCGUGGAAGGCGUUCCAAACUCCAGCGAGGAGUUGGACGUGGACUCGAGCGAUGAGAGCUCCCAGGAGCCUUGA